AUGAAAAGCCUUUUUUGGGAUCUCCCAAGAGCUUUUAAUUGUUUUGAUAGGGUUAGAGGAGUUUCCCUCACGAAGGAUACUUUUCAUGAGGAAGAUCUACUAAAGGUCUUGAAAGUAGGUGUUUAUACCCAAGAUGAUUGGUGUGUUACGUUGGAGAGAUGGGUUGAAAAACCUUUAGACGAUUUUCUUACUAUCCUUCCGGUUUGGGUCAGGCUGUAUGAAAUACCGGUGAAUUACUACAAUGAGGCUACGAUCACAGAUAUUGCAAGAUGCCCUGAUAACCCUGCUCGCGGAAAAAACCUAAUCAAGUUACCAGUUCCUGCACCGAAAUCGGUUCCAGUUGUGGUAGAUGUCCAGCGCCCAAAACUAUUACCUGAUGAUCCUCUUUUUGGUGUACUAACGGAAGAUCAAGUCGGUAUGGAUAGUAGAACCGGGAAGUUGAAGAUUGAUAACGAUGUUUUAAACGUGGCUAGACAAUAUUUGCAAGUGGUGGAUCCGACGGGGAGGAAGGCGAGAGAGUUGAGAGUAAAACAAUCUAUCUUAGACUUGGAGAGAGAUUCCUUGGGACAGAACUCUGUUGCGUCCUGA